AGGAACCGCCUCACUUUCGUCUAAGCGAUGGCCGCAGUCAGAAGUGAGUUCCCCAGCAAACCGAACAGUAACACCUAUACCAAUUCCAAAUUUGAUGACCUGAGGUCGGUGAAAAAACGAGUUACCACGUGUUUGAAGAAAUUGUGCGAAAAACUCCAGGCGCCCGGAUCUUUCCGCAAGAGUUCCUCCAGCCGAUUUCAUAAGAUUUUCGUGAGGGCCGACUAUUCCGAUUGCUCCAAGUUUGUGCGCCGGUUUCAGAAAAUCUUUAAAUCGGCGCGAAAAACCGAAUCGCCGGAGUCCUGGAAAGUGCCGUUGGCUCAUGACGUCACCAGGCAGAGCAGCAUUCAUCAGUUGCAAAUCGUAGCCAGACUUUUCUCAUCCACCCAGAUUUCCACCGAGGAAAUCAUCUACAACAACAUCAGCUUCAACAGCAGAAAAAGCCAGAGCCACAGCAGCAACAUGACCAUUAUUGAAAGCAAUUAUAUAGCUGUGCGGGAGGAGUACCCCGAUAUUGAUGCCGAGGUGCGCGCCAUAUUGCUGAGCCACGCCCAGAAUGGGAUUACGAUAUCGAACAUCAAGAGUGAAUAUCGAACACAGACGGGCAACCCCUUUCCAGUGCAAGAAAACGUGACGGACUUCCUGCUGACCAUUCCCAAUGUGACCGCCGAGUGCAGUGAGUCCGGCAAGAGGAUCUUCAACCUGAAGCCAAACACGAAGAACCGUCACCUGCUGGACUUGGUUCUCAACCAGAAGCAGCGCACCAGCGACACCAGCAGUGGCGCUCCGUCCGUGGAGAGCCAUUCACGUCCACCUCCCUACUACUGGAGGAAUUCGUACAAGCGGAAGGCUCUUUCCCAGCUGGACAGCAACCUGAACAUCAGGCCGAAAACGGCGGACUACCAGGCCAAGGAUAUAGCCACCAAGGCGGCUCCGCUGCCGCAACUGGCCAAGGAGGCAGCGGAGUCGAAUUGGUGCUACCAGGACAAUUGGAAACAUCUCAACAACUACUACCAGCAAUCCAGUGCAAAUGAACCGCAGAUUCCAGUGCCCAUCAACAUCUAUACCGAUGCAACAGAGGAACCAAACCAAUUUGCUGUUCCCGAGCACCUGCCACCCUGCAAGAACCACAAGCAGAACACCAAACCAAACGAUAACCAACAUUUGGGCAUUUUUAUGCGUCCCUAUAAUGAUAUGAACGUACUCAAGAAACGACGCGAUUUGACGCCAACACCCACGACUUUAUCCAGCGGAACCUUUAACGAUUCGAUUCUGACGAUGAGUUCGGAUUACGAUGCCUAUCUACUGGACUUUCCGCUCAUGGGCGAUGACUUCUUGCUAUAUCUCGCCCGCAUGGAGCUCAACUGUCGAUUCAAGCGAUACGAGCGGGUCCUCCAGUCAGGACUUUGCGUCUCCGGGCAAACGAUCAAUGGCGCCCGGAACCGGUUGAAGAAAGCAAACCUUCCCGAGGGGACGCAGAUCAUUGUCAAUAUUGGUUCUGUGGACAUAAUGAGGGGCAAGCCCUUGGUUCAGAUCGAACACGAUUUCCGGCUGCUCAUCAAGGAGAUGCACAACCGGCGCUUUGUGCCGAUCCUGACCAACCUGGCACCGCUGGCGAACUACUGCCACGAUACGGUCAUGUGUGAUAAGAUGUCCCGAUUCAACAAGUUCAUCCGCAGCGAGGGGUGUCAUCUGAAGAUCAUUGACAUCCACUCCUGCCUGGUCAACGAAAGGGGCAUAGUGCGAUUCGAUUGUUUUCAAAGUUCACCACGGCAGGUCACUGGUUCUAAGGAGCCAUAUCUGUUCUGGAACAAAAUCGGGCGGCAGCGCGUGCUGCAAACAAUCGAAACGAAUCUGGAGUAUUAAGUUUGGUGAUAAUUCAGGAUAUAUAUUGACUGGGCUGGCACCGGAACCAACCGAGAUGAUGAUGAUGUUUUUACGAUUUGUCCAAGCUGCUGGCAGGCUGUUUUUACGGAAUUCGCUUAAUUUUAAUUUGUUUUAUAUGUAUGUCCUUUGUCUUUGUUUA